AUGGUGCUUGGGGUUGUCAUGAUGGCAACUAUGCUGCCAACCAUGAUUGGCCUGAACGAGGCAACUCAGGGGAGCCGCGAUCAGGAGGAGAACCGACGAACCACAGAGCGUAAACAGCGCGUUCACCUAGUGGCCACCUGUUCGUUAAGCCAGGGCACUCCCGAAUUGCGGCAACAGAUUCAGAAUGCCAAAGUCUAUGUGGGUCUGGACGGGAAGUUUUAUAUGACGAAACACCCGAGUUCAUCUAUGGUCCCCUUCAAUGGAGGAUUCUAUCAACAUCCCGACUUUCCUCCCAAUAAUACCUCUGGCAUGGUGACCAUCAGCGGAGAGGAAACCCCCCACACUUCGAUGGGUAUUCCUCGACGCCCAAACGCACGAGAUGCGUUGGGGUGGCCGCCCCGACAGUCAAGAUCACGUAUCUGGACUAAAGACGAGCAAUUCGUGACACUAGACGGGUGGGAAGGGUGGUUGGCAGUACGAUUGUCGGAAGAUGAGGCCCGGGAUCGGUCGGAUCAGGAGCUGGGGAUCGUCGAUGGUCAAGAGCUAUGGAGGUUGUAUUUCGACAAAAAUGACGAUGGAGCCGAUCUACCGCCCGGUGCGCAAGGGCUGGAAAUCCAACUGAAGCGAGUCAUGGCGGAGCAAUGA